AUGACACAGGGACACAACCGCGCCCCACGGGCGCACAGCCGCAGGGAAACGGCCGCGCUCGCGCCAGUUACUUGUAAAUAUAAUGUAAAUGUAUUUCCAGAUUUUCAUUCACCCCCAGAAGAAAAUGAAGAUCCUUACAAUCUUGAUGAUGCUCCAAACAAUUUGGAUUAUGUUGUCAAGAUAAAAGGCGGCAUUCCAUUUGUUUAUGAUAACAAAGAAAUGAUGGAGCUCAAUGAGCCUCGGAGUCUGCCCUAUCCUGACCUGGAGACCUAUACCCUUGACUUGAGCCACGUUCUUGCUCUAAUUGCAGAUGGUCCAACAAAGACAUACUGCCAUCGCCGGCUGAACUUUUUAGAAUCUAAAUUUAGUUUGCAUGAGAUGUUAAAUGAAAUGUCUGAGUUUAAAGAACUGAAGAGUAAUCCCCAUCGAGACUUUUAUAACGUGAGAAAGGUUGAUACUCAUAUCCAUGCCGCUGCUUGCAUGAACCAGAAACACUUACUAAGGUUUAUUAAGCACACGUAUCAAACGGAGCCAGACAGGAUUGUUGCAGAGAAAAAAGGCAAGAAGAUGACCUUAAAGCAAGUCUUUGAAAGCCUUCACAUGGAUCCAUACGACCUCACUGUAGACUCUUUAGAUGUCCAUGCAGGUCGUCAAACAUUUCAUCGAUUUGACAAAUUCAAUUCCAAGUACAAUCCAGUUGGUGCCAGUGAGCUGAGGGACUUGUAUUUGAAAACUGAGAACUACAUUGGUGGUGAAUAUUUUGCUCGUAUGGUCAAGGAAGUAGCCCUUGAACUAGAAGAAAGUAAGUACCAGUAUACAGAACCCCGAUUAUCCAUCUAUGGACGGUCUCCAGAUGAAUGGCUGAGCUUGGCAAACUGGUUCAUUAAACAUAAAGUCUAUUCUCCUAAUAUGCGCUGGAUAAUUCAAGUUCCCAGAAUCUAUGAUAUAUUUAGGUCAAAGAAUAUUCUGCCUAGUUUUGGAAAGAUGUUAGAGAACAUUUUUGUGCCUUUGUUUGAAGCAACAAUCAAUCCCAAAGACCACAAAGAAUUACAUCUUUUCCUCAAAUAUGUGACUGGCUUUGACAGUGUUGAUGAUGAAUCCAAGCAUAGUGGCCAUAUGUUCUCUGACAAAAGCCUUAACCCUGACCUCUGGACCAGCGAGAAGAAUCCCCCAUAUAGCUAUUAUUUGUAUUACAUGUAUGUCAACAUCAUGUUGCUAAACAACCUUAGGAAGGAAAGAGGCAUGUGUACUUUCCUGUUUCGACCUCACUGUGGAGAAGCUGGUUCUAUCACACAUCUUGUGUCAGCCUUUCUGACAGCAGACAACAUUUCUCAUGGACUGCUCUUGAAGAAGAGUCCUGUCUUGCAGUAUCUUUAUUAUCUUGCACAAAUUCCCAUUGCCAUGUCUCCACUUAGUAACAACAGCCUAUUCCUGGAGUACUCAAAAAAUCCACUACGGGAAUUCCUACAUAAGGGACUUCAUGUCUCUCUCUCUACAGAUGAUCCUAUGCAAUUUCAUUACACAAAGGAAGCACUCAUGGAGGAAUACGCUAUUGCAGCCCAGGUGUGGAAACUAAGUACCUGUGACUUAUGUGAAAUAGCAAGAAACAGCGUGCUACAGAGUGGACUGUCAGAUAAGGAAAAACAGAAAUUCUUAGGGGUUAACUACUGUAAAGAAGGGCCGGAGGGAAAUGACAUUCGUAAGACAAAUGUUGCACAGAUCCGGAUGGCCUUCAGGUACGAGACGCUGUGUAAUGAACUUAGUUUCCUGUCUGAUGCUAUGAGAACAGACGAGAUUUCGACAUUGUCAGAGUAGUUACAAGCUCAAAUAAGCCACAGCAUUUCACUCCCAAGCAGAAUGAGAUGCUAAAUAGUAUCGAAUCAUCUGUUGUUGACGCUACAAAGAAAUACCUGAACAAUAUGGAGAAAAAUAAGAGUAUGGGAGGUAAACAGCAUUUGCUGUUAUCUUUUACUGCAUUAUUCUCAUUGCAAAAAUGUCAGUUUCUCCAAACAGUAGGCUUUGUAAGACUGCUGUAAAUAUAUGCAAACUAAGAAUCAUGUAUUAUUUGUUUCAUAGUGUCUUAAAUGUGCACUAUAUUGUAGCUUGCAAAACUAUAGAGUAUUCAUAAUGCAUCCGUGAGAUGCAUUUUAGGAUACUGCAGAUGCUGAAAGAACACACACACCCGUUUUUGUCUCAUAGCAAUCCUGGCAUUUACCACUUGGAAUUUGAACCCUUUAUUCGAUAGCAGAUUGUACAGGGUGUGUAAUUUUGAGGCUGCCCCCUCAUUUAUGAUUUUUACCUUAACAUUUCAGCAGUUAAACUGGAAAACAAUAAAACUCAAAACACAGUAGUCACAUUUAAUGACCAUUUAAUUACUUCUUGUUGUCAUGUAGGAUGGCUGCAAAUAACAGCAGACUAAAUGUUUUUAAUCUUAAUAUGUACAAAACAUGGUGACAAAAUCAUCACUAUUGUACACUGUAAUAACAAGUGUAAUUACAUUAUGAAAGCUCUGCAUUGUAGGUUAAGAACAUGUUUUUAUUGCUUUUUAAUCAGAGUAUGCUGGUUUGCCAAUUCAAAUUGUUUGGAAACUUAUGAGAUAAUUCUGGCUGCAUGUAAAGAGAAUUUUUUUUUACUUGAACAAAGGAAGUGUUCUUAUGAAUCAGCAGUAGAAACUCCAGACCUGGGUUCUGGUCCUACUUCUGAUGUCUUUUUACAGAUUUGUGUUAGUUUGUAUUUUAGUCAAUUACAGAGAUGAAUGAGAAGUCACAAACUGUCUAUUUAUACAGAAGCGAGCUAGGUAAUUUUUAGUCAUUUUAUGUUAAAACAUUUUAUUUAUGAUGGAGCAGAUAGUAAAAUAUAACUAUUGUGCAUCUUUUUUUUCCCCAAUUUGAAUACCCUUCUUAAGACAAAGUAUUUCUUCACUCAGAAGGGAAUAAAGGUAAUAAAUAUCACAUAAUAGUAUCUUCAUAUUGUAGGAACUGUAGGUAGAUUCAUGCAAAAAGGAAAAAAAAAAAA